CGGCUCCGGGAGCCGCGGGAGCCGCCGGUGCUGACAGAAUAUCACCCUGGCACAGGCCCUGCUGCAUCCCAGACCCACGGCUGCCAGUGGGACUCCUGAAGAGCAUUUCAGCUGAAAACCUACAGCAACAAAGGAUGGGGUACAAUUUCUCCUAUGGAAAGCUGCCAGAGAGGGACAACAGCAGCUCGGCCAACGCCAGCGCCGCGGGCGCCGCCGCCCACGACCAGUUCACCACCAUCGUGCUGCCCCUGCUCUACCUCCUCAUCUUCCUGGCCAGCCUGCUGCUCAACGGCCUGGCCGUCUGGAUCUUCUUCCACAUCCGGAACAAGACCAGCUUCAUCCUGUACCUCAAGAACAUCGUGGUGGCGGACCUGCUGAUGACGCUGACGUUCCCGCUGAAGAUGCUGCGGGACGCGCGGCUGGGCCCGCGGCAGCUGCGCGCGCUCUGCCGCCACGGCGCCGUGCUCUUCUCCGCCAACAUGUACACCACCAUCGUCUUCCUGGGGCUCAUCAGCGUCGACCGCUACCUCAAGGUGGUGAAGCCCUUCGGGGACUCGCGGAUGUACAGCAUCACCUUCACCAAGGUGCUGUCGGGCUGCGUCUGGGCGGCGAUGGCGCUGCUGGCGCUGCCCAGCCUGGUGCUCAGCGGCGCCCUGCCCGCCCGGCGCGCCGGCGACGACUGCCCGAGGCCGAAAUCCCCGCUGGGGGCCAGGUGGCACUCGGCCGUGCUCUACAUCAACACCUGCACCUUCGUGGUGGUGCUGGUGGUGCUGAUCGGCUGCUACAUUGCCAUCUCCAGGUACAUCUACCGGUCCAGCAGGCAGUUCAUCAGCUCCUCCAGCCGCAAGCGCAAGCACAACCAGAGCAUCAGGGUGGUGGUGGCCGUGUUCUUCACCUGCUUCCUGCCCUACCACCUGUGCCGAAUACCCUUCACUUUCAGCCAUCUGGACAAGAUCUUGGACGACUCUGCGCAUAAAAUCCUGUAUUACUGCAAGGAGAUGACGCUGUUCCUGUCGGCGUGCAACGUCUGCCUGGACCCGAUCAUUUAUUUCUUCAUGUGCCGCUCCUUCUCACGCAGGCUGUUCAGGAAGUCCAACAUGAGAACCAGGAGCGAGAGCAUCAGGUCCCUGCAGAGCGUCAGGAGGUCGGAGGUGCGCAUCUACCACGAGUACACCGACGUCUGAGGGCACAGAGCCCUGCCGGCCUGUGGCAGGGCCUGAACAUGCUGUAAAUAAAAUGGCUCUGUGGGAACCUGAGCCCGGAGCUCACCGAGGGAUGCACGGACACGCUGGGGUCUGUGCCAGCUCACCCACAGCUCAGGUUCCGUGCCCAGGCACCGGCUCGCUCUGGGCUGGGGGCUGCUCGGGUGGGUGCCAGGUUGGCCCGCUGGGUGCUUUGGAAACCAGCACGGGGCUGCCUCAGCUCAGAGAGCAGCCCUGAGCUCAGGGGCUGCAGCCAGGAGGGAGCCCUGGCCUGGAGCAGGACCCACCGCGGGGAUCAGCCUCCCCAGGGCGGGGAUGGAGCAGGGCAGGGGCAGGGGAGGAGGUGGCACAGCCCCCGGGGACCCUCAGGGUGACCCUCAGACCCUCUGUGCCACGGGGCUCUGUGCCAUGAGGCUGUGUGCCACCAGGUCUGUGCCACCGGGUCUGUGCCACCAGGUCUGUGCCACCAGGCUCUGCCACCGGGUCUGUGCCACCAGACUCUGCCACCAGGUCUGUGCCACCAGGUCUGUGCCACCAGGUCUGUGCCACCAG